UUACAGUGGUACUCAUCAUCUUAGCCUUGUUGAUUUCCGGACCAAUUGGGACGAAACGUUCAUGGCUCACCUGCUGCUUGUCUUGAAGCAUGAUCAAGGUCUCCGCCGUCUAACCUGGCAUAACGCACAUAAGAUUUUAAAUGAAGAAUUCACCUCUGCAAUGGAAACUUUAGCAGAUGUUAAUCGUUUGGAGUACUUAGAGAUAAAAUUCUUGCUGAUAAGCUGCAAGGAGAGGGAGGAGGCACUCAUCAAAGUGAUCAGUAAUGCAACUAAUCUCAGAGUUCUUAAUCUGUCAGAUUGUGACCUGCAGCAUCAGCUGGUUCUUUCUGAUGGUUUCAUCGAAGCUCUUGCCAGUUCAAACAUCAGAGAGUUAUGUUUGUCUGAAAACAAACUUGGUAAUAAAGUGUUAACUGCCAUCACCAGAGUUCUAAAAGCCCAGCAGCCUAACAUCAAGCUUACCAGCAUCGACAUAAGUGAAAACUGUAUCGAUGUCGACGGACUCCUAGAAUUUGCCGAGUCCCUUGGAACGGUUAUGUCCAACCACAGCCAUUCAACAAUCCUGAGGAAGCUGACGGCAGAUUACAAUGUCAGGUCGUGUGAGGAACAAGAGAUAGUCCUGAAAGUUUUCUCUGCAUUGGUUAGAGAAAUAUCUGUAAAAGGGAUUUCUAAUUAUUCUAAUUUUGCAGAAUUUGAGGCGCAGAUGUAGGAUUUUGGUGCGAGAUGAUUAGCAAAUGACCUUCUCGUCUCUACAGUUGCUGAACAAACUUUAACAUUUCUUCAUUGCAUGUUAAUUGCAAAGCAGGAAAUUCAUUUACCCUUUGAUGAAAAAGUAUCUUUUAUUUCAAACUGGUUGGCAUUACUAUAAAUCAUUUCAUCCACAAUCCUGCUGUCUGUAAGAAUGUGGAUUACUAAUCUACUCCUACUAAAUAGACGCUACACUCACUGUACUUGUCAUUGCUGUAGUUCUAUUUUGUUUCUCUUUGAUGUCACAUUUGUAUCAUCUAAACAUAAAAGCUGUUGGCAGGUUUGCCCCUAGCUGAGGUUUUUACUACCCCCUUGUUAGCCUCUUAGUCAGUCUGUUGGGCUGAUGCCAGUCUGGAGUGUGUCCAUAAUCCAGUUGGGUUGAUGUUCUUAAUAUUGCUGAUUUAUGAGAGGAAAAAGGCUGCAGAAAUCUACCUGGUGUGAUGGUUUCUUAUUGAAGUCUGCAAGACCCACAGGUGCACUGGCGCUAUAGGCUGUUCCUGAUUUCUGAGUCGUUUGCUGAUGCACCCUCCCCCAGCUAUGCGGUGUUCAAUUUUCAUGAGGAGACUGUGCCUUUAAGUGUUGUAAUCAUCGAUUCUUAAUUAGCACAAGUUCCUUUCUUUACUCGAGAUCUGUUUUCAUUUCUUAGCAUCUGCACAGGAUUAGGUAGAGCCAAAUUGUGUUUCAUGACAAGUUGACCGAAGAUAAUACUGUAUAUUGUAUCAAAGAAGUAUAAGUAAAUAUAGUAUUCUUACUGUGGACUCACUUAACAUGCAUCUACCUGCAUUCACCCUUUCAUUUUAGGUGCAGGUAAAAACAUGCAUGCGUUUUUCAUGCAACAUGCACAGGUGAUUUCCGAUGCAUGUGUAAGAUAGACAGUGCCUUAGCUUGAGGUAAACAGAUUAUGGCUAUGAAUGGAUUUUUGUCUGAAACAUUUUAAAGCCCAAGUAGCAUCUGGCUUUACCCCUCAUCCUGAUUCCUCAAAAACACAUAUUUCGGAGUGGCCUGGGGAACCCCCAAAUUUGUCGAAGUUAACCAAGUGGAGGCCUUCUUGCAAUCAGAAUAGUUGGGCCUACCCACAUACCAGUUAACAUUGCACCAUCGUCGGUUUAGUGUCUGGACCAUUUCCAAGCAGUGUUAAGCUCGGCCAGCUUCAUGUAUACAAAUGUACCCUGACUCAUCCCUUUUUGGCUCACCGUAGGGGAGUCUUUACAAUACCGCAGUGUCCGUCGUCCGUCGUCGUCUGUCGUCGUCCGUCGUCGUCGUAUCCUGUUUCAAAAACAGUGGCACGUUUCUUAACCGCUAAGCCUAUGAACUUGUAACUUUGUACACAGGACUCCCUUGGUCAGAUGACCUGUGACACUAAAUUUCGAUCCGAUCUGAUUCUUAAUUUGGCCACCAGGGGGCCGAAUGUAGAUAUCUAAAAAGUGUGAUAUCUCGCUUAUUAAUGACUUGUUUGGAAUGAAAUUUUUGUGGUAGGUACUCAUAGCAAGGAUACAUCAUAUAUCAUACGGGUUUUUAAUUUGACCUACUUUUCAAGGUCACAGAGGUCAAAUGGCGUAAAUUGGCUGUUUCAGUGUAACUAUGGCACGUUUCUCAACCGCAACAGCUAUGAACUUGAAACUUGGUACAUAUAACCCCCUAUAUCAGAUAACCUCUUGUGCUGAAUAUCGGUCCGAUCUGAUUCUCAAUUUGGCCACCAGGGGGUCGAAUGUGGAUAUCUAAAUAGUGUGAUAUCUCGCUUACUGAUGACUUGUUUUCGAUAAAACUUUUGUGGUAGGUACUCAUAGCAAGGAUACAUCAUAUAUCAUAUGGGUUUUUAAUUUGACCUACUUGUCGAGGUCACAGAGGUCACAACGCAGACACAGAUAUGGCCGAAAUUGCAUGUUUUGUGUUUUUCGUGUUGUGGCAAUCCAAAGGUCGUGAGUUCAAACCCCGGUCAGGGACGGCCAAAAAUAUUUUUUUAUUUUAUUAUUUUUUAUCUUUUCCCUUUUGUCUUUUCUGACUUGUAUCUUACAUUUUCUUGAUUUUUGGCUCACCGUAGGGGAGUCUUAUGUAAUACCGCAGUGUCCGUCGUCCGUCGUCCGUCGUCGUAUCCUAUUUAAAAAACAGUGGCACGUUUCUUAACCGCUAGGGCUAUGAACUUAAAACUUUGUACACAGCACCCCCUAGGUCAGGUGACCUCUGACACUAAAUUUCGGUCCGAUCUGAUUCUCAACUUGGCCACCAGGGGGCCAAAUGUCGAUAUCUAAAAAGUGUGAUAUCUCGCUUAUUAGUGACUUGUUUUCGAUGAAACUUGCGUUGUAGGUACUCAUAGCAAAUAUACAUCUUAUAUCAUACGGGUUUUUAAUUUGACCUACUUUUCAAGUUCACAGAGGUCAUAUGGCGUAAAUUGGCCGUUAGAGUGUAAACUAUAGCACGUUUCUUAACCACUAAAGCUAUGAACUUGAAACUUGGUACAUAUAACCCCCUAUAUCACAUAGCCUCUGGUGCUGAAUUUCAGUUUGAUCUGAUUCUCAACUUUGCCACCAGGGGGCCAAAAGUGGAUAUCUAAAAAGUGUGAUAUAUCGCUUAUAAGUGACUUGUUUUCGAUAAAAUUUUUAUGGUAGGUACUCUUAGGAAGAAUACAUCACAUGUCUUACGGGUUUUCAAUUUGACCUACUUUUCAAGGUCACAGAGGUCAUAUGGCGUAAAUUGGCCGUUGGAGUGUAAACUAUGGCACGUUUCUUAACCAGUAAAGCUAUGAACUUGAAACUUGGUGCAUAUAACCCCCUACAUCAGAUAACCUUUGAUGCCGAAUUUUGGCCUGAUCUGAUUCUUUAUUCGGCCACCAGGGGGCCAUAAUGGAAAAAGGAAGAAGUGCAAUAUCUUGCUUAUUUGAGUGAAUUGUUUUCGAUAAAAUUUUUAUGGCAGGGACUUCUAGCAAGGAUACACCACAUGUCCUACGAUUUUUGGAUUUGACCUCCUUUUCUAGGUCACAGAGGUCAAAUGGCGUAAAUUGGCCAUUAGAGUGUAACUAUGGCACGUUUCUUAACUGCUGAAGCUAUGAACUUGAAAGUUGGUACAUGUAACCCCCUACAUCAGAUAAUCUCUGACACCGAAUUUUGGCCUCAUCUGAUUCUUGAUUUGGCCACCAGGGGGUCAAAACUGAAAAAGUAGGACAUGCAAUAUCUUGCUUAUUAAUGACUUUUUUUCGAUGAAUUUUUUAUUGCAGGGACUCUUAGCAAUCACACGAUAUUGAUCUUGUUGAUGUCAUAGACAAUUAUUGGUUGGAUCAUAAACUUAUAUAUACUGCCCUGUCUUAUUACUUGACAUCAAUACACAUCUAAAAAAAGUCUUCAUGCCUGAUUGUGUUCACCAUAUUCACCUCUAAACUAAGCAUGAUCCUGCCUACUAAAAGAUGUAUACGGUGAGCACAAUGGCCCCUGGCCGUUUCAUUCAUCAGCAUCGCCCUCAGGUUGUAUGUUAUAUUUCCAGGAUGUUGUUUCAUUAUUACUCGGUUUCCACAUCCCAAAGAAAUCAGGGGUAAAUGUUCGCUUCUCGGGGCCCUGCACACAUCCUGAGAUACAGGUUUUUGAUACUCCUUCAUCGUAUACAAAAAUCGAGAGGCGGAGUAUAUUUAAAACCAGUGAUUAUGUCAGGAUGACAAACAAGGCGCAAAACAUAAGGUAGACGAUAGACGAUA